UAAGCUGAUCAAAUCAAGCUAAAAAGGGUGUUUAAUAUUGCGUUCGAAACCCUGUCGCGAAGCUAAUCCGCAACAGUUUUGCCCUCCCACAUCAGUGAUAGGGGUGAUGGGCGCGGUAUAUAUCAUGCAUGGUCCAAUUUUCUAUGUGUGAAAGUGAGAAACCAAUAGCUUUACUCCUGAAAAAAAGGGGAAAACUCCGACAGUGGGUGGCGUCAUGUUUUAUACACGAUUGUGAAUUAAUACUCGAAAAAAGGUCCGAUUCGACUUUCCAUCUGCAGAUGGCGAAAAGAAGAAUCCAAAAGAAUUAUGAGAAUUAUGUCAUCGUGCAGCUCUCCAUCUGUCAAGAACGAAACAAAAGAAAAUCUCAUUAUUUGAUUCAUUUUCAUUACUUUCGGUACGUAUCGCAGUAAGCUGUAUGGAUAGUGCUUUUUACUUGUGCCUAGCUUGGACAGUAGGUAUUUCUGCAGUGGAAUAAUCGAAGGAAAUCUUGAUGAUUCAGGUGUUAUCCGCCUCCAAAAGUGAUUAGCAAAACGGUACCACAGUAUUUGCGUUUCGAUCGAAUGGUGUUUGAUUGUUAGGCGGGUCCCCAAGGAUUCGUUCAAUGGCCUCUAACAAUAGCAGCGGCAGCAGCCCCGGCUUGUCCACCAAAUCGAACAAAGUCCUACUGAAAAGUUCAUCCCGUAGUUCGCAGUUGCAACAACAACAGCAACAAGACGAUCCUAGUCCAGAAAAUCAAUACUUCUACGAGGACGAAAUUUUUUGUAUCGACGGCAAGGGUCAUGUCAAGUUUGGGCUCGUCCUGGAAAAUUUCGAGGUUAGCGAAGAGGAAGGAUUCGAUGAGGAUGCUCUCAAGAAGGGUGAGAUCCGAGCCUGUUGGCAUCCAGAGGGCCUCGAAGAAAUUGUUCGUCAAAACAGGGUUGGCCUUGCCGAUCGAACAUUGAUGCCGGGUGAUGUCGUACGAAGAAUGAUCCCGGGCAAGGAUACACAACGAGGAUACUGUCACGAGAUCUUCGUCAAAGCCGAUGUGAAGAUUGUCGGAUCUAAAUACGUCGUUAAGAAUGUCCCUUCAGAGCGGUUGCGGCCCCUUAUGUCGAUGCCGAAGGACAACGCCGUGUGCUACGAUUCCUGGGUGGGUAGCACCAAGAACGUGAAUGAAAAGUUGAUUCUCAAAUCCCAAUGCGGUUCGCUGGUAGAGCUUCGACCAGACAUCGACUACUGCUCACUUAAAGAUAGCGAUACACGAUCCCGAUGUGGUUUCUUCGCAGGAACCCUCUUCUAUCCUGGCCAAACCUUGAUCGGUCCCAUCAGCGAGCUCGAAAAUGCCAAAUGGCUUAGCACAUCGCCGGAAAUGAAAAUAAACCGCAAGCACAAGCUGCUGGAGCGCAAAUUCACCGUCCAAUCGGUUGAAAUCGAGGGCGUGUGGGUACAGUGGCAAUGUAAGGCAAGCUCGUGCGACGAUAUCGAAGCAGAAAUGAAAAAUGGCGCCAUUCAGCAACCACCGGAUUAUAUAACCGGGGACGAUUUGAAACGGUUGCGCAAGUUGAACCUUUUUGAGUCUUGCAUGUUGCAAAUCAACGAUAAAAACUAUCUUAAAUUGGAAGACGGGGAUGCAGUUUGUCGUAAGAGCUUAUGGAGAAAAGAACUGAGCUCUAGAUAUAGGCGCAUGUUGAGUACCGUGAGCUCGGGAGAAAUGGAAGAAGAAGUCAUCUGUGAUACUGAUAACCACAAGAUAACGGUAACAGGUAGUGUUGGAGAAAGUGAAUCGCGAGAGAAGGUAGAUCCGGAUAAGGGUAAAUUAUGCCCAACGGGUGGAAAGGAAGGUUUAAAAUUGGGUAAGAUGCGAAGAAAUUCUCCACGACGCCUUGGUGCGAAUGCCGUUACUUGUAAGUUGGCAGAAAGCGACGAAUGGCAAACGGACCCUGAGGAUGAUGAAGAAGAAGAAACUUGCGAAGGUUGUGAGUCAGCUAUGUCUGACGGUGGAGGUAGCACGAUUUCAUCUUGCUCAAGUACGGCCACUCCGAGGGGUAGUCCCAAAAAAUCGCCUCUGUUGGCAAAAAAACUGCGCAAAGGAAAGUUUAAACGAUCAGCAUCAGCGAAUAGCAGCAAUGAACGUAUUCCGGCUGCUGGUGAUGAGGUAAUCACAGAAACGCUGGUAGUUUACAGUACAGCGACUGUUGUUUGGCAAGAUGGCACAAUAGAAACAAAUAUUCCGUCCACAGAUCUGUGCCCAAUUCAUCAUUUAGAUGAUCAUGAAUUUUUCCCAGGUGAUUUCGUUCUAGCUGGUAACACAGAUCCGAUGCAAAACCCUUCUUUCAGAGAUUACGGAGUAAUCCAAAACGUUGAUCAUCAUGGUCGCACUGCAAAAGUUAAGUGGUUUAGUACUUAUACAUGUGCUGAAGAACCACAGCCCACGUUCAACGGUGAAUCUGAGGUCAGUGUGUAUGAUUUGAAAGAUCAUCCCGAUUUCCAGUAUCGUCCGGGUACAAUUGUCAUACGGGUUGCCAAUUUUCAAGGGGAUGAUUCCAAUUGCACUGCCGGACAGGUAAUUGAUAACUAUCCCAAUGGUAUGGUCAAGGUUUGGUGGGUGGAUGAUCAUAUUAGUAUGUGCUGGCCUCAGGAUAUUUUCGAAGUCGGUCAGUACGAUUCAGAAAAUAAUUUCUGGGGAAAUAAUGAUUCGGAUAAUAAUUCCUGGGAAACAGAAGAUGAAACUUCAGAACUUGGCGGGACAUCUCCGGAAAGGGUUUCCAAACCAAAGUUGGCCGCAAACCUCGAAAGGGCGCGUGUGGCGAUGGCUAGAUUGGAAGAGCUGUUUAUUAUUAAUCCCCAUUUGCAGAACCAUGAGGUUAUGAAGAAAUUAUUGUUGGUGUACAAGAAGUGUCGUUAUCUUGAUCGACUUAUGGACACUACGUUUUUCCACGAGGAGCACUUCAUGGGACUGGUGGAAAGAGUUCGUAAAUCAAACAAUCAAACGACGGCUGAACGUGUGUUAGAACAGAAAAAUCGACUUUUUAACCAAAGCGGCUCAAAAACGACCACGCCUACCACUGAAACUCCAAGUACAGCUGAACUCAAGCUACCGUCGAUGAGCAACAAUAGUCUUUCAACUAGUACGGGGGCCUGUGCAGUGCAGCUGGCGAAAACAUCAACCACGCCUAAUAAGCAGACGAAUUCGUCUUCAUCUUUCCACAUUCCAACCAAUGGUAAUAAUCAAUCGACAUCUUCGGAAAUCUCCAGUAUAGAUGAGUACCAGUUAAUGGCUACCAGCACCAGCACCAGCUGUUCUACGCGUUCUACAGGUGAGAAUGGAACAGGCGGAGAAGAUUCAGGAAACUUCUCGGCACGAAGUGACCCGGGUGCCAACGCAAGUGACGCUAAACUUUCUGCAUCGAUUGGUAACGAUUCAGCACUGAACACUGAGUUAGAUAACGUGAAUAAUUUAUACAUGAACAUGAGCGAUGAAAUGAAUAACACCAGUUCAGUGUUCAGUUUUUCACCACUUGCGGAGAAUGUAUCGGCAAAGCUGUGCUCCCUUAUUAAAAUACAGCUUGUGAAAGCAUUGCAGGAAAUAAAUUCAAGAUUCAGUCAAUCGGAUUCAUUCAAGGAGAUAAUAGUGGAAGAAAUACAAUUAACUCCUCCACCCAUCAAUUCCAGUCGGCCUCUUUCUUCUACUCCUUCUUUGUUGCUACAAUCUAAUCUCAACUCUCCAACUACCGUCGAGUCGGUGGAAUCUAACGAUGAUCUUCCGCUGAGCAUCCCUGCAGCUCCAGGGGAAUUAAAUUUUGUCGAGUGUUUCCAAAUAAUGGACUCGGCUCCCAGCACCCAUAAGUUUCAUCUUACCGUAUUUCAAACAAGUAAUGCUCAAAGUUUUUAUCGUGCGGUUCAACGUGAGCACAAACUGCUGCGGACAGGUUUGCCUCCAGGAGUUUGGGUGCGAACGUUCGAAGAUCGUCUUGAUUUGUUGAGUGUUAUGAUUGAAGGUCCAAAGAAGACACCUUACGAAGAUGGUUUGUUUCUGUUCGACAUACAACUUGGGCAAGAUUAUCCAGCUUCGCCGCCCUUGUGCCAUUAUAUCAGCUAUUGCUCAGAUCGUUUGAACCCAAAUCUUUAUGAAGAUGGUAAAGUUUGUGUGUCGCUUUUGGGUACCUGGUCCGGAAGGGGUACUGAAGUGUGGGGCUCCAACAGCACGUUGCUUCAGGUUAUAGUUUCAAUCCAAGGUCUCAUUCUGGUUGAUGAACCAUAUUUCAACGAGGCCGGCUACGAGAAGCAGAGAGGCUCUCAGCAAGGAAAAGAAAAUUCGAGAAUGUAUAACGAAAUGGUGCUGCUCAAGUUGGUACAGUCUAUGACCAAACUAGUGGCAAAUCCGCCGGAAAUAUUCAGUGAUCAAAUCUUACAACAUUUUCGCCAACGGGGCCUAGAUAUGUAUCAACGGAUCAAGCGUUGGAUGGAUGUUUCAGUGGAGGCAAAUCGGCUAGCUGUAUCGAGAGAGUUGGAAUCUUUACCUCGAGAAAAUGAAUCUGAAAUCGUUACAUCAGCAGCGAAGAACGUCGAUGCACUGCUCGCAUCAUCUGGUGCUACCGAUAGCUGCCUUCCGGACUUUCCGUUGAUCCCAGCCAGUCGGGGCUUUUGUCUUACACUUGCAGGACUUUUGGAAAUCUUUCAAAAGAUUCUGCAUGCGAACGGUAAAGUCGGUGAAUAACGGUCGCCAGAAAGUGUCGGAUACCCCAAAAGCUCAGUUCCCACCGCUACCCAAACUCAGUGCCGCCCUGAAUUUAUCGCCUCGCGUUUUUAUGCCCUGGCCCCUACGAAACAAAACGUUUGAAAUCACCAGGAACAUUGUUGCUGUAGCUGUUGUUGUUUCAGGGUAGAAGUAUAUGAUCAGUAGUAAUAAUUUUUUGUUUUUUGGUCUUUAAGCAAGUUAAUAUUCCAAAUUUCUGGGUAUCAAUCUCGUUAGGUUUUUCAGCUUUUUAUUUUACAUUCCUGCUGUUUUCUAUUGAAUAAAUUUUUGGUUUUUUCCCAGUAUGUAGGUAUGAAAUAUUUUUUUGGUUCGCCAGUUGCAAAUAGAACAUACUAAAACCACGUAAAAAGCUGUGCCUAUAUUUAAAUCAAUUAAUGAAAACAAGGUAUGUCGAAAAUAAACCACAAAUGUACACGCGAAACUAGGAACGCUAACAAAUCGAGAAAUGAUUUCGAAGAAAGCUGUCUUAUAUUUAAGAUUUAUUUUCUAAAAUUUGAAUGCCUAUAAAUAAUCUAGUCACAAUGCAAACAUGACAAAAACGAAAAAUGGUAAAAAACUACACACGCACAUCAAACCAAUCUGAACAUUUUUUGAGGUCUCCGGAAAAAAUGGGUUUUAAUACUCCAUCACAUCGGACUCUUGUGUAGGAAAUUCAGAGUUCCUUUAAACCAAAUUUGAAUAAUUAAACUUUUAAUAGACAGCUCUUAAAGGCAUGAAUUGAGAACUCGAGAGAAGUUUGCUAGAAUGUAUUCUUAGUUCGAUUUCUGGUCACUAUUGCAACCCAAAACUCAACUACGUUAUCCGAUGACUUCUGGCAGAGACACAGCUUGAUUAGAAGAAAGGCAGCUACAAGACAAGAACGUUUGAAUUCUAGUUACUUCUCUCUGCUACGAAUAAGGAAAAUAAUCAAAACAAAUUACAAGCUAAAUCUCCGCUAGAGUUAAAAUUAAAUCCCACAAAUAGAACAAUUACUUCGCUAGGUUUAUUAGGUCAUUGUUAAAAUCCAAAAAGAAACAGAAAAUGCUAAAAAGCUAUCUAAAAUAAAUAGUGUUUAUAUUCAUCUCGAAAAUUGAGAGAUGCUAUCGAAAAAGAGAUGCUAUCGAGCCACAGAAAGCACAAAUAUUUCGAGAGUUACCAAAAGCUACCUAUCAUCUAUCUAUUGUAUCGAGAAGUUCAAUUAAUUUGUUUCGAAUGCGAAUCUCGCUGCGGUAAACAUAACCGUCUAUCGUUCUAUAUUCGUUUGUUUCCUUAACUGCUAUGGACAACAAAAACCAACUAACCUUAAAAAACAUGUGAAAAUUUCAUGCUUAGAAUGACUGCAAAUAAAUUAUGAUGGUUGAAGAGACAAAA